AUGCCGAGGUCCAUGUCGUCGCAAAUGUCUCGCAGACCCUCCAGCAGCAGGAGGUGUCUUGGAGGAGCGAUGCUGUCCGCUUUGGCCUUCGCGUCCGGGAUGGUUUUCUUGGCUCCGCAGAGAAGCGGACGCACCCUGCGGGUGCAGCGAGCUGCAACUGCCGAUGCGGUCCAGGUCAAGGGCGAACUCUCUCCCCUGUUUGACUAUGUCUUGAUCAAGGCGAAGGAAGCCGUGACCAGCACAAAAUCCGGGCUUUUGCUGCCGACCUCCUCGGAGAAGCCCAGCGAAGGCGAGGUGGUGGCAGUCGGCCCGGGUGCCGUGCAGGAAACAGGGGUGCAGGUGCCCGUCUGGGCGCAGGUCGGCAUGAAGGUGCUCCAUGGCAAGUACGGCGUGGAAGAGGUAAAGUAUAACGAAGAGGAUCACGUCCUUGUCAGGGACGACGAUGUCCUUCUGAGCUAUUCGGGCGACGAGCCCACCCUGGAGAGCAUCCAGAUGCCGAGGGGAAAGGUGCUGCUGAAGCUGCUGGACGAGAAGGAAGAAUCACAAGGUGGUAUUCUGCUGUCAAAGGGUGCUGCGAAACCCGAUACGACGAUCGGUGAGGUCGUUGCUGUCGGUGAGGAUGCUCUCGACCGCUUUGGCAAGCCCAUCACCACGGACCUCGCUGUCGGAGACACUGUUCGUUUCCGUUUUGGCAACGAGGUCAAGCUCGACCUUGGGAAAUCCGAGUUCCGCUCCGUGGAUGUCUCCGAGUGCCUGGCGAAGUGGAAGUCCUAA